AUGUCUUCUCACGAAUCAAUCACGCUUCCAUUUUUUAUUCUGUCCAAUACAUAUAACUUCUAUUUUAUACGUUUAUCAUCCUUUCUUUCCAUAUUAAAUCUUUCUCACACUUUCUCCCCCUCCCUGUCACUGUCCGUUUCUUCUCUUCUUUGGUUUUCCCUCUCUUUCUACUCACAGCACGUGUUUUUCUCGCUUAUCACGUCCUUCCUUUCUUUAUUCUCAUUUAAUGCUUCUCUUUCCUUUCUCGUUUUCCUUCUUUCUAGUUAUUCUCUCUUUUCGUCUCUCUUUCUCUCUCUCUCUCUCUCCCCUCUCUUUAUUCUCCUUUUUCGCUUUUUUCUCAUUCCCUUUCUAUUUUAUAUCUUUCUCCUCUUCGUCUUCAGUCUGUUCAUAUCUAUCUAUCUAUCUAUCUAUCUAUCUAUCUAUCUAUCUAUCUAUCUAUCGCAGUCUGUUCAUAUCUAUGUAUUUAUCUAUCAUUCUCUCAUUUCUCUUUAUCUUCUCUCUCACAAAAUCUUUAUCCUGUCUCUCUCUCUCUCUCUCUCUCCUCUCUCUCUCUCCCCUCUCUCUUUUCUCUCCUCUCUCUCUUUUCCUUCUAUAGCCUCUCUUCUCUCUCUAUCCAUCUCUCUACUCUCUCCUCCCUCUCUCUCUCUCCCUCUCCUCUCUCUUUCCCUUGUCUCCCUGACCUUAUCUGAUUCCCUCUCUCUUUUUUCUUUCUCUCUCUCUCUAUCAUUCUUUCUCUCUUUCGCUAGUUCUUUCUUUUUUUUCUUUCUGUUUUAUUUGUUCCUCUUUCUUUCUUUCUUUCUUUCUUUCUUUUUUUUCUUUCUUUCUUUCUUUCUUUCUUUCCCGCCAUUCUUUCUUUCUUUAUUUCCUCCUUUCUUUCUUUCCGCUAUGCAUUUCUGUUUGUCUUUCAUUCUUUCUUUCUUUCUUUCUUUCUUUCUUUCUUUCUUUCUUUCUUUCUUUCAUUCUUUCGUUCGUUCGUUCUCCUAUGCAUUUCUGCUUUUCUUUCAUUCUUUCUUUUUCCUAUGCAUUUCCGUUUGUCUUUCGUACUUUCUCCUAUGCAUUUCUUUCUUUCUUUCUUUCUUUCUUUCUUUCUUUUCCCUUAUGCAUUUCUCUGUCUGUUUUCUUGUCCCUUUAAUUAUUCUUGGUUCUUUUUUUUCCAUCGCCUUAAUCUAUUUGAAAACUAAUUUAAUCCCCACCUCCACUCUUUUCUAUCCUCUCUCUCUCUCUCUCUCUCUCUCUCUCUCUCUCCUCCCCCUCUCACUUCUCUUCGUCCACUCUGACCCUUCUCUGUCUCUCACUCUCUCAUCUUUUUUUCUUCUCUCUCUCUCUCUCUCUCUCUCUCUCUCUCUCUCUCUCUCUCUCUCUCUUUCUCUGCUACUUUCUUUAUUCUAUCAUUUUGCAAUUUUCUCUUCCGGUGUCCAUGACUUUAUACUAUUCUUUUGUUUCUUCUCUUUUUUUUUGCUUCUUUUUUUUUCCUCUUCUUCUCUCAUCUCUCUCUCUAAGCUCUCUAUCAUCUCUCUCUCAUUUCACCCUCUCUUUUCCUUUCACAUUCUCUUUUUGCGUUUUUUAGACCCUUCUUUCUCUAUCUUUUCUUUUCUCUUUCUCUACCUUUUUCUUCGGCAGGCCUUAUGUCUUUCCCUUUUUUCCUCCCUUUUCAGUCUUAUCUUUUUCUCUGUCUUUCUUCACUUCUUUCUCUUUGAACUCAUUCAAUUUUUCUCUCUCUUCGUGUCUCUCUCGCUUUUAAUUUUCUUUUACUUCUUCUCUUUCCUUUCACAUUGUCUUCCUUCUUUCUUCUCGUGUCUCUCCCUUCAUUUUAUUUCUUUCUCUUCCCUCUCUCUUUUCGAAUAUUUUUCUUUAUUCUUGCUCUCAGUUUCUUUCUUUUUCCUUUCCUAUUAUAUUUAUUUCCCUUUCUCUCUUUUCUUGUCUUUCGCUUUAUUCUCUCUUUCAGUUUAUUUUUCUUUCUUUCUUUUUCAUUUUCUUAUGUUAUCUUUCUUCUCUUCUGUAAUAACUUUCUCUUAG